AGGUAAACUAACGGUUAAAAUCUUUAGACCCUUUGUUAACGGUUAAAGUGAACAGGAAUUAUAACCCGUAAGGUGUGGACUGACUAUGGCCCAACUUUGAUCAGCAGCGUUGUGUGAGUUGGUUUUGCUGUCCUUCAUUCACGUCGACAUAGAUUCGGUAUGUCAAUCUUUGUCUCAUGUUCCCGCGAAAUAUAACUUUGCUUCCCAAAAUCAUUCCAUUCAUUAUAAAACCUGUGUUUAUCAGCUACACUAUCUUUUGUGUGUAAUUGCGUCAGUCAGUAAUUGAAUUCGCUUUGCUUCUCUCUGAGUCAUUUUCACAAACACCUUUCGCUCAAGGUUUAAAUUAUAUUUAUGCGCUCUAUCAAAUUUCAAUACAUUGAUUUCCUUAUUUUCCAAUAAUGAUAAGAAUCAGAUCUAAACUAUCGGUAUUCACUGUUGUGUUAUCACACAUAAGGAAAAACCCAUUCACUGUUAAUCACUGUGAUAUAGUUCAGAAUCCUCUUAUGAGUGUUUCUUUCAAUGUUUUUAACUCUUCAAAUUAUGACACUUUUUUAGCACCGCCAAAAUUUGGUUUCUCAGUUAGUCCCUUUUCUACUGAAUCCUCAACCAAAAGCCUUCAAGUCUCCCCGAAUGCCCCGGUAUUAGUAGGAUUGGAUGAGGCAUUGAGUGAUGAUGACGAUAAUGAGAAUGACAAUGACGACAACGACGAUGAUAAGAAUAGUACUCAGUUACAUUUAAGGGAUGAAGGUUUUGUCCAAGAUGUUAAGACCAUUUUGGAUAUAAUUCACAAACCGGGUUCUGGACCUUAUGAAAUUAAGCACAAGCUUGAGGGUUGCUGUGUUAAGGUAUCAUCAGAGUUGGUUGUGGAUGUUCUUUCGAGAAUUCGCAAUGAUUGGGAAGCAGCUUUCACUUUUUUCUUGUGGGCAGGGAAGCAACCUGGGUAUGCUCAUUCGGUUCGUGAAUAUCAUUCAAUGAUAUCCGUCCUUGGUAAAAUGAGGAGGUUUGAUACUGCUUGGACUUUAAUUGAAGAAAUGAGGAGGGGGAGAAAUGGUGAAUCUAUUGUCACCCCACAAACUCUCUUGAUUAUGAUAAGGAAAUACUGUGCUGUUCAUGAUGUUGGAAGGGCUAUAAACACUUUCUACGCUUUUAAACGGUUUAACUUUCAAGUUGGAUUGUAUGAAUUUCAAGGGCUUCUUUCUGCGCUUUGCCGGUAUAAGAAUGUGCAGGAUGCUGAGCACUUACUGUUCUGCAACAAAAAUGUUUUCCCACUUGAUAUCAAAAGCUUUAAUAUCAUUCUUAAUGGAUGGUGCAAUUUGAUCGUUAGUACGCGCAAUGCAGAAAGGGUUUGGGAGGAGAUGAGUAAGAGAGGAAUCCGACAUGAUGUUGUCUCAUACGCAAGUAUCAUAUCUUGCUAUUCAAAGUCUUCUAAACUUUAUAGGGUUCUCCAGCUGUUUGAACAAAUGAAGAAAAGGAAUAUCACUCCUGAUCGGAAGGUUUAUAAUGCGGUCAUUUUUUCGCUUGCGAAGAAUAGGCUUGUGAAAGAAGCUGUAAAUCUUAUUAGAACAAUGGAAGACAACAAUGUUACUCCAGAUGCCAUUACUUACAACUCCCUGAUCAAGCCGCUUUGCAAAAACCGCAAAAUUGAUGAAGCUAAAGAAAUUUUUGAUGAAAUGUUGAAGCGACGAAUAUCCCCGUCUAUUCGGACUUUUCAUGCUUUCUUCCGAAUAUUAAGAGUCAAGGAAGAAGUAUUUGAGCUUUUGGACAAAAUGAAAGAGCAAGGGUGCAACCCAACUAUUGAGACUUAUAUAAUGUUGAUAAGAAAGUUUUGCCGCUGGCGCCAGCUUGAUGAAGUCAAUAAGAUAUGGAAUGCAAUGGUGGAAGAUGGAAUCGGCCAUGAUCGUAGUUCGUAUAUUGUACUGAUUCAUGGCCUGUUUCUGAAUUAUAAGGUGGAGGAAGCGUACAAAUAUUAUAUAGAGAUGCAAGAGAAAGGUUUCCUACCGGAACCAAAGACCGAAAAUAUGCUUCAGGCAUGGCUUUCUGGAAGACAAGUAACAGAGGGCCAGGUAACAGAUUUAGAACACAAUCAAUUGGAACAUGGUAGUCCUAGAAAGAAUGUCAAACCUAUACCUAGUAAAUUUGAUAAGGAAAAAGAUUUUCUUCGCGAACCCGAGACGAGAAGCGUAACAAGAGAAGGGGGCUUUUCUUUCUGGGAGAAGUAAAUCCUUAUCAUUCAAGAGGUUCAAUUGCAUUUCCUUUAUCUAUGAUGAAGGUGACACUCAUUGAUCUCUACUUUUCAAAUUUGAUCGCAUGCUCCAACCAGGUGCUUGGAAUGCAUUUUUCUUAAGAGCUGCAAGAUUUAUGCAACUUUUAACAACCCAGGUUUGUUAAUUGUUACAAAAUCGGAAACUUUGGCUUAAUUUGUAGUUAUAUAAAUGUCAUUGUACUGCUAGCCUUGGGGGAUUGUUGUCACAUGGGAGCUGAAUUUUGUUGCUUAUAUGUAUCUUUAAGCGCCUCGCCAAUGGUAGAAUCAAUUUAAAGUUCUUAAUUUAUUUUUAGCCGGCCCUACAGUUUUACAUUAAUUUGAUGAACAUCAACAUCAUUUCACUCUACCGAUGCAACUCUGUAAAGAGGUUAAAAUGUAUUUUGCAUGUUAUUUCAAAUAUUUAUAUGUUUUAUAAUGAGUUACACAAUUGACCUCACAAUUUUUUAAUGGUUACGAACCAGUUCUUAUAUGUGGCAUGAUGGCAUCUGUGUCAUCCACCUCCAAUAGUAGAACUUGUAAGAACUGGUUUAUCUCUAUGAACCUUACUAAUUAAGAACUGCCAAUGGAGAUAAUUUCCAAUCCAGUGGAGCUUGAAACUUAAAUCACUGUCUUCUGU